AGCCUUGGUGGGUGCAUAUCAGCUACGAAUUUCUUACCUCAUACAUGUACGUUACGUAAAAUCAACUGCUUUCUACCAAAGUUUAAGUUCGAGUUAAGAUCUUGUGAUCGACUCUUCAUUGACUCUUCAUUGAACGUACGGAAUCUAUCUUCAACUCUCAAGUCUUUCAUCAUAAAACUAUGGCCGGCUCACCAGAGACGGCGGGGAAGGAACCUGAUAAAACCACAAUAGAUAAUACAAGUCAAGACGCCGAAGAUGAGUUGACAGCUCCCGAAAGGUUUCCGCCCGAGGAAGAAGCUAGCCUUUUAGGGGAAUCCAACGAUAAAAAGUCCGAAGCGAACGCGCUGUUUGCCUCAGCCAAGUACGAGAAUGCUAUUACGAAAUACGAAGAAGCUGCUUCGAUUUGCCCACAUUACUUAGAUUACGAGCUUGCCGUCUUAAAAUCCAACAUUGCCGCAUGCCAUCUGAAACUGGAGCAAUGGAAAGAAGCUAUCAAGGUAGCUACCGAUUCCAUCAACGGCUUGGAUCGCCUAGAAAAGGCCGAAGCUAGCCAGAAGGAGAACGAAGAAAAGCAAAAAGAAGCAAAUACCGAAGAAGAUGAAGUUGAAGAGGAGAUCGUCAGCUCAGGGGCUCAAAAAAGCGCUCCCGCCGUAAAGGAGGAAACCGCCGCCGAGGUUGAGAGGCAGAAAAGGCGCAAUGACAUCCUUAGAAUUAGAGCGAAAGCUUUGAUGAGACGAGCUAGGGCAAGGAGCGAACUCGGGGGCUGGUCGAAUCUAUCUAGUGCCGAAGAAGACUACAAGACACUAUCGACCAUGCCAAAUCUCAGCGCUGCGGACAGGAAGAUUGUCCAAACGCAAUUAACAAUCCUUCCUUCAAGAACGAAGGCCGCCCAGGAGAAGGAGAUGUCAGAGAUGUGGGGGAAGUUGAAGGACCUUGGAAACGGAAUAUUGAAGCCCUUUGGUCUCAGCACGGAAAAUUUCAACAUGGUAAAAGAUGAGAAGACCGGUGGUUACAGCAUGAACUUCUCUCAGAACGGCGCGAGUCAAUAAUACAGAUACUAGUAUCACUCAUCACCCUAAUACAAUAUAAUACAAUGCUCUACUACUAGAUCUAAACGUGUAAGAUUAAUUUCAUAUUCUCUAAAGCUGUUAGCGAUGAUAUUAA